AUGGAAACACCGAAUGAAAUAAAAGCUUCACCGGGAAAAAACCUCAGAAUUGGAGGAGCUGUUGGGAACAACAGCAAGAAAGACAUGAUUUUUCGAGCUGACAGGAUCGAUCUGAAGAAUUUGGACAUUCAGCUGGAGAAACAUCUGAGUAGGGUUUGGUCAAGAAACAUCGAGAAGAAUCCAAAGCCUAAGGAAGAGUGGGAAAUCGAGUUGGCUAAAUUGGAGAUGAGUAAUGUCAUUGCUCGUGGUGCUUAUGGUAUUGUCUACAAAGGCAUCUAUGAUGGUCAAGACGUUGCAGUGAAAGUGCUUGAUUGGGGAGAAGAUGGUUACGCGACAACUGCUGAAACUUCAGCUCUUCGUGCUUCAUUCCGACAAGAAGUUGCGGUUUGGCACAAACUAAACCAUCCCAAUGUCACCAAGUUUGUUGGAGCGUCAAUGGGAACAACGAAUCUGAAGAUACCUUCAUCAGCUGAGGUGGAGAGCUCGUUGCCUCAGCGAGCUUGUUGCGUUGUUGUGGAGUAUCUACCCGGAGGAACUCUUAAGCAGUAUUUGUUCCGUAACAGGCGAAGGAAACUCGCUAUUAGAAUUGUUGUUCAACUCGCUCUCGAUCUCUCCCGAGGGCUAAGUUAUUUGCAUUCAGAGAGAAUCGUUCAUCGCGAUGUGAAAACAGAGAAUAUGCUUUUGGAUUAUCAGAGGAAUCUAAAGAUUGCUGAUUUUGGAGUGGCUAGAGUUGAGGCUCAGAAUCCAAAGGACAUGACUGGUGAAACUGGUACUCUCGGAUACAUGGCUCCGGAGGUUCUUGAUGGUAAGCCAUACAACAGAAGAUGCGAUGUUUACAGCUUUGGGAUAUGCUUGUGGGAGAUUUAUUGUUGUGCUAUGCCUUAUCCUGAUCUCAGCUUUGCUGAUGUUUCUUCUGCUGUUGUUCGCCAGAAUCUUAGACCAGACAUACCCAGAUGUUGUCCGACAUCAUUAUCCAACAUAAUGAAGAGAUGUUGGGAUGCGAAUCCGGUGAAACGGCCAGAGAUGGAGGAAGUCGUGAAGAUGCUUGAAGGAGUCGACACCUCCAAAGGUGGUGGAAUGAUUCCGGACGAUCAGAGACCUGGCUUGAAAGACGGAACGUCAUCUUCCUUGAUGACAGAGUUUCUAGAGAAGUGCGGCGGUUAUGCGGUGGUGGACGGAGGGUUUGCCACAGAGCUAGAACGACACGGAGCUGACAUCAAGGAUCCACUUUGGAGUGCCAAGUGCCUCAUUACUUCUCCCCACCUCGUCACAAAGGUGCACUUGGAUUACCUAGAGUCUGGAGCAAACAUCAUCAUAACCGCAUCAUACCAAGCGACGAUCCAAGGAUUUGUAGCUAAGGGUUUAUCGGUGGAGGACGCUGAGAGUUUGCUGCGGAGGAGCGUAGAACUCUCGUGUGAGGCACGUGAGAUUUUCUACAACAGAUGCAACAAGGGCUCCUGGGACCUUGACCACGCCGGAAAAGCUUCCCUGCGACCGGUUCUUGUCGCAGCUUCCGUUGGUAGCUAUGGAGCUUAUCUCGCCGAUGGCUCCGAAUACAGUGGAGUAUAUGGAGAUUCUGUGAGCAAGGAUACAUUGAAGGACUUCCAUAGAAGAAGAGUCCAAAUCCUAGCAAAAUCGGGAGCCGAUCUAAUUGCGUUUGAGACCAUUCCAAAUAAGCUCGAAGCUGAGGCUUACGUGGACCUUCUCGAAGAGGAAGGCAUUGAGAUUCCAGCAUGGUUCUCGUACACUUCCAAGGAUGGAGUCACUGUCCCAAGCGGAGAAUCUAUUAUAGAAUGUGCGGAAGUGGCAGAUUCUUGCAAGAAAGUGGUAUGUGUAGGAAUCAAUUGUACUGCACCAAGAUACAUUCAUGAUUUGCUUAUCUCCUUGCGCCAGGUGACUCGCAAACCGGUCGUUGUCUAUCCAAAUAGUGGAGAAGUCUACGACGGGCUGAACAAGAAAUGGAUUAAAUCAGAGGAAAAAUCAGAGGAGGAUUUUGUGUCGUAUGUGAGUAGAUGGAGAGAAGAAGGGGCGUCUCUGUUUGGAGGGUGUUGUCGGACUACUCCAAACACCAUCCGAGCCAUUGCUAAAGUGCUCUCCUGCGAAUCUCCGGCUCCAUCCAAACUCAAAUUCUGGUAG